AUGCGUCCCGACGAGCAUAAAGCCAAAGACUCACGUCGAUAUCAGCAACGUAAAAAACAUCAAGGGGACGCGACCGCCGCCGAAAUAGCAGAAGCAAGACGGCGUUCUGCCCGUGCUCGUGAUACGGGCACAAGUAUUGCCGCCAUUCGAAGACGAAACGGUGAAUUGCCACCUCCGUCGCACGCAAAUUCCGAAAAACCCGCUUCAUCGUCUUUUUCAAGGCGGAAAAUUGUUAGCAAUGUUGACCGGUAUAAAGAACGCACGUUACAAGAUGAGUUGGAGGAAGACGCUGAACUAGGUAUCGAUCGUGAGACGACCAAUCUCGUCGCUAUGCUGGAUGAAUCAGAGACUUCUGGAAAUGCGUAUUUCAAGUUCAAGGAAGAGCAAAUGUGGGACAAUGAUGCGAUUGUGCAGGAAGAUAUUUAUCGAUCGAUGCUGGAGAUCAAUUUUGAUAUGUUCGAAGGAGAUUUGCAGGCGCUGGAUACAAGUACAUUAUUGGAUCUGAGGAGUGAAGAUAAAGUCAUGGUGGAUACGGCUCUCAACCAGGUCCCCGUUCUUCUUGAGAAACCGAUUGUGCCUGCCUUUCAAAAGAACGCCAAGGGUUACGUCCUAUUCAAAUCACCCAUGGUCACCGAAAUCAAAGAAUCACCAUCGCAGCAUGGUAUCUAUUUACGGAACGAUGGAUCGAAUCAUCGCGUGAUA